CCAGCCUGGCCCGGGAUGUCUCCAGGGAUGGUUCAUCUACCACCUCUCUGCGCCCCCGGGCCCGCUCUCACGCGCAGUGUCACAGUGUGUCCCCGCCCCGGCAGUGACGCACGGUGUGUGUCCCGUUCCGCAGCCCCGCCGAUCGGUGUCCGCCAUGGCGCUGCGGCUGCUGCUGGCCCGGGCCCUGCGCCUGUUCCCGCGCUGCCGCCCGCCCCGCGCCCCCCGCCGGGACCCCCGGCCGGUCCCGCAGCCCUCGCCGUGGCGGCCCUGGCUGGCCUGGCUCCCGGCCGCCCGCCGCCUCCUGCUGAGCGGCCCGGGGGGCGGGCUGGCGGCCGCGGCGCGGCGGGCGGCGGCGGGGCCUGCCUGGCGCUGGCCAUGGCGCUGGGGCUGGUGGAGCCGCGGCUGGAGGAGCAGCGACGGGCAGAGGCGGCGUGUCGGCACAUCCAGACGGUGUUUGUCGGGAAGAACAAGCCGCAGAAGGAUCCGCUGAGGUCCUUGCGCUGGCAGGGCUUCAAGCUGGAGGAAUAUCUCAUCGGGCAGCCCAUCGGGAAGGGCUGCAGUGCCGCCGUGUACGAAGCAGCGAUUCCCUUCUCGUGCGAUCGUGGCGGGUGUGCGGGGAGCAGCUGUUUCACGGGGCAGGGGCCGAGCGUGCAGCAGGAUCGCGGCUCCGCUUCACCGCCGGCUGAAGAGGAACCCGUGCAGAAACAACCGUCGAAAGAGGCUUUUCCGUUAGCGAUCAAAAUGAUGUGGAACAUCUCGGCGGGUUCGUCGAGCGAAGCCAUCCUGGAUGCCAUGGGCCGAGAGCUCGUUCCAGCCACGGGCGCUGCCUUAGCUGGAGAAUACGGAGCCGUCUCUGGCUGCAGAAAACCCGUCCUUGGGAGGAAGAAGUUGCAACCUCAUCCGAAUAUAAUACAGGUGAUCCGAGCGUUCACUUCCUCAGUCCCUUUGCUGCCUGGAGCAUUCGCAGAUUAUCCCGACGUUCUUCCGUUCAGCCUGAAUCCCAGAGGGAUCGGCCACAGCCGCACGCUCUUCUUGGUCAUGAAGAAUUAUCCGUGCACGCUGCGCCAGUACCUGAGGGAGAGCAGCCCGGAUGUUGUUCUCUCCACGAUGAUGAUUUUACAGCUCCUGGAAGGCGUGGACCAUCUUGUUCGACAUGGAAUCGCACACAGAGACCUGAAGUCCGACAACAUCCUGGUUGAAUUUGAUUCUGCUGGCUGCCCCUGGCUGGUGAUCACCGACUUCGGCUGCUGUUUGGCAGAUGAAACCGUGGGCUUGAGGCUGCCGUUCACCAGCUCCUACGUGGAUCGGGGCGGCAACGGCUCCCUGAUGGCACCCGAGGUGAUCACAGCGUCACCCGGUCCGGGCAGGGUCAUCAACUACAGCAAAGCCGACGCUUGGGCUGUGGGAGCCAUCGCCUACGAAAUCCUCGGCCUGGCCAACCCUUUCUAUGGCCCUGGGGACGCGGCUCUGGAGAGCAGAAGUUACCGCGAAGAGGAUCUGCCAGCCCUGCCUGACCAUGUGCCCCUGGAGCUGAGACAAGUGAUCAAGAUGCUGCUUCAGAGGGAUCCCAACAAGAGAUUGUCCGCCAGAGUCGCCGCCAACAUUCUGCACCUCAGCCUGUGGGGUGGAAGCGUUUUCGCCUCCUCCACCCCGAAACCCGACCAGAUGAUCACCUGGCUGCUCUGCCAGUCUGCGGCCGCGCUGCUCACCCACGGCCUGGCCGAGAAAACCCGCGUGGAAACCAAAAUGAAGAUGUGUUUUUUGGCCAACCUGGAGUACGAAGACCUCUGGGCGGCGAUAUUCCUGUUGCUGGCCUGGAGAAGCCGCUCGGGGUGAAGAACACGACCCCGGGGCGCGAGCGUGCGGUAGAUAAACAUCACUUUUUAAAGGAAUCUGUCUUUUCUGUCUGCCGCGAAUCCUGUAGCACUUUAGGGAACAAACCUGCGGGUUGAAGAGGUUGAGUAUCUCUAGCAAGCGUUAGGCGCUGCUUGUCCCUAGAAAUCCCCGCGUGUCGUUGCUCUUGGGGAGCGUUUGCGGCCCUUGCGGGUGUCCUGAGCUCCGCGGUGGGUUUUGCUCACGUUUGGAAUUCACCGUCGACUCGUAAGUCGCGUGUUGAGCGGAGCAGGUUCCCUUUCAGAAGAGGAGCGUGGGAGGACGUCCUGGAAGCACCACAGAAUUCAACAACUCACCGAGAAAGCCGGGCUGACAGCGGGACGUGCGAUCUUUCUUUUGUGUAGGGAAACCAACGGCGGUUUUAAAAUGAUGUUAAAAUUUCUCCGCGGCCACAGACGUAUCUCGAAAAGCCUCUUGCUGAGGUGAGCGGCAGCCGCUUGCUUCUUACAGUAACGCACAUCGCGUAUCUCGCUGCUUGUACGCAAAACAGCAAAAAUGAGCCCAAAACCACUUAUAUUCGUUUCUCAACUGUGGUGAUUGUGCGGUGGCUGCUGUGGAGUCCAAGGCAAAGUCAAAAUGUGGCGGGUUGGAGAUAAUAUUGCAAAUGGGCUGAGCAGAGUUCAGUGGGAUAUUCUGUUUGAUCCACUUGUUUUUUCUGUUUAACAAUGAAAUAAUGUCCUUUGUUCGCAAGGGCAGGACGUGUGGAUUUUCGACCAACAGUCGUAUGUACGGAAACAUGGUUGGAUUUCAUGUCUGUGAUCCCGUUUUGAGGAAUUUUGGGAGAAAGUUCUUAACGCUUGUUGCACAAUAAAUGGAAGAUUAAGCUCU